AUGGACUGCUUAACUUUGAUGAAUAACAAUAGUACUGAUAUUUUUAGCUGUGGCAUUGAGAAGUUGACUAGUGGUGCAGGAGGUUGUUCGGAUUAUUCAGAGAUCGACGUUCUGAAUGAGAUAGGAAGCAGAUUGAAUAGUCUGAGGGAUGAUUGUAGGCUAAUGGAUUCAGAAGGAGGACUUACUAAGGGAUGCAAUAAGUGUUUGAAGACAUGGAGAGAAAUAGCUUACACGUCGAAAAAUGAUUCGAUGAAACUUGAAGAUGACAUUUGUAGAUUUAGUAUGCUGAUUUUGUUAACAAGUCAAAGAGUUGCUGAUGAGAGUUGGAUUGACAAGAUCUUUCAUUGCCUAGGAGACAACUCUCUCCCUUUAGCAUCGUCUGCAGAUGAGAGUGGAAAUGAAACGAUACGUAAUACUAAGUUUAAAACUGAUCUUUCAAUUCUAAUUGUUGGUGUAGUUGGGAUGGUGUUAGUUGUAAUCGUUGCGUUGUGGAUCUAUGUGAAAAGGAAGGCUGAAGUUAAACCAUCAAGUGAAAGAUAUAAUGAAUCUUACUCUGAAGAAUCAAGCUAUCGUAGACUAUCACUUAAAGAAAUUUACUCUGCGACUGACAGUCUCAGCAUGUCCAACUUCAUAGGUCAAGGCAUAGCUGGAAAAGUAUACAAAGGCAUUUUAGCAGAUAGACAACAUGUGGCUAUUAAGCACAUAAUUAAGGAUGAACAGAUGGAAACAUUUGUUAGAGAAGUUACAAGUCUCUCUCAUAUCAAACAUCCGAACCUCGUAUCCCUGCUAGGCCACUAUGAUGCACCAAAUGAAUGUUUUCUAGUUUAUGAGCUAUGCCACAAUGGAAAUCUUUCCGAAUGGCUAUUUGGUAAAAGUAAAUAUCUCUCGUGGAGACGAAGACUAGAAAUUGCACUUGAUUGUGCUCGUGGUCUCCUCUUUCUCCAUUCGUAUCCUCAAGGAUCAAUUGUUCACCGGGAUAUCAAGCCAGCAAACAUUCUUCUAUCUGCUAGCUUUGAAGCCAAACUCUCAGACUUUGGUUUGUCCAAAAUUAUUAGCAUUGGACAUUCAUAUGCUAGCUCAGAAGUGAGAGGAACCUAUGGUUAUGUUGAUCCUGAGUACCAAAAGAACCGUCAUGUUAAUUCUUAUGGUGAUGUCUAUAGCUUUGGGAUAGUACUGCUACAACUUUUAUCUGGACAAAGGGUUAUCAACUUGGAUUUGAAGAAUCCAAUGCCUCUAAGUAAAAUGGCGAAAAACUUGACCAAAGGUGGGAAUAUCAAAGAAUUUGCUGAUCUCAAACUGGAGGGGAAAUUCUCAAUGGAGGCAUUUGAACUUGUUCUUAAGCUAGCUUUGACUAGCAUAGGACUUAAGCAGCAAAGACCAUCCAUGGAACAGGUGGUUGUUAAACUCGAAGAGGCUCUCGAUUUAUCAACAAGAGUUGAGUCAGUCCAUCCUUAGUGCACAUUCUCAUGUACAAUUAACUUUCAUUUCAUCCUACCCAAGAACUCAAAGGUGAAUCUAGAAUUUAUAGUCAAUGGUUCCCAUUGAACUCGCUGAAGAUCCGCCUCUGCCCAAGAUUGUACUUAAGUUUCCUCUUAUACACAUUUUGAUCUCAAUUUAGGUGCCUACCAGAAGAUGA